CCGAAUUCUGGAAGCAGCAUACUUUUACCGGUGGCCACUUGGAUUCUGGCCCGUUCUAAUAUAAGCGGCUGGUCGUGGUGAACGACGCAACCGAAAAUGUCACGGACAUUGCGGACACUUGCCUGGGUGCGAGGUUGCUUUGCGGCCAUCUUCUCGUCGGCCUUGGCCAGUGUGGUGCCCGCGCCAAAGUUGUUCGAAGCAGCAAGUUGUAUCCGGCAAGACCAACGAACCCGUGCACGGAAUUCGAGAGCUGAACGUGGUCGCCCCAAUCAUCUUUAACAUCUUCCUGGCCACGCCAUCCUGGCCAACCAUCCGAGCACCCAACUUGAUCGGAAACUUUGCCUAGUUGCUCUCAAAGUACCUGCCCCUGGUGAUGUGCAGCCACGUUAACGUGGCACAGACAGAAGUACCACAACUAACGACAACGACUUCGAAACGGGUUCCCGUGCGGCCACGAAGUAUAGCGGUAACAGAAAGCUACGUACGAACGUCUUCCUGCUCGGUUUCAUGAGAGACUGGACCAUUCUUUAUAAAUGUUAGCAAAGGAAAAUUGAAUAAAACUAUGAUUUAAAUUGAAACUAGAACUGCAUUUCUUGUUUUUUUUCUGCUUGAUAAAAAAAAAUAUCAGAAAUUAGACCACAUUAGUACUAGAAGGUUCCUAUAAUGUUUACUACAACAAACAUGUAGAAAUCAUCAAUUGAUUCAUUUAGCUUUUACGUGUGAAGCACGUAGAAACGACGUGAAUUGAUCUGGCCAAGCAAAUUCCGUUUCUACUACCCUGUUUGAAAAAUGUCGCACGUCGUACAAGCUGUCGCGCGGUUUUGGUUUUACCGUUUCGAUAUCGAUUGGUCGAAAGGACGACAAACACUCGACAUGCCCGACAUAGUUUUUUCCAUCGAUUUCCCUUCAAUUCGACGUCACGAUUUUCGUCGACGCAAACAGUUUGACAGUUCUCUUCAGUUUGUCUUGUUUGGACUUGAAUGCAACCGAAUCGAACCAGUUAUUGUUGAUGUUGGGCUUCGGAAGGAUUUUGACCGAUAUUCAGAAUUCUGUCUUCGUGGCGGUGGAGGAGGAGGACGAGACGCAUGAAUCCGGCGGGCCAGAUCUUCGUGGCGGAAGACAGGACCGGGAGGAACCGAGCUUAUGGAGGAUAUGGUUCAUUCCAAAGGAGGAGGAGGAUGAAUCACCGAAUGUCAAAAGUUCUACCCAAGGUAACCAAACAUAUUCCAAUCUGAUCCUGCUAACAACCCAGCGUCUCCGUGUUGUUCCACGCAGCUUGUUGAACGGAAGCUGUAACGACCGCAAAACACCUGCUCCAGAAGUUCGUAAACGUUGUCCCGUACUCCGGUGGCCAUCAAUCCAUGGGACAUAA